AUGGCCUCAUCCCGCCGGGCCCGGCACGCUGGCCCUCCCGACGGAGGCUGGGGAUGGAUGAUUGUCGCUGGCUGCUUCCUCGUCACCAUCUGCACCAGGGCCGUGACAAGGUGCAUCUCCAUUUUUUUUGUGGAGUUUCAGGCAUACUUUGGGCAGGAUUAUGCCAGAACUGCUUGGAUCCACUCCAUUGUGGACUGUGCUACGAUGCUUUGUGCCCCGCUUGGGAGUUUAAUCAGUAAUCAUGUAUCCUGCCAAGUUGGUAUCAUGCUAGGAGGGCUGCUUGCAUCUACUGGACUAAUUCUGAGCUCAUUCGCCACCAGUCUGGAACAUCUCUACUUAUCAUUAGGAGUCCUCACAGGACUUGGAUUUGCACUUUGUUAUUCUCCAGCCAUUGCGAUGGUGGGCAAAUACUUCAACAAAAGGAAAGCGCUGGCGUAUGGAAUAGCCAUGUCAGGAAGUGGAAUUGGUACCUUCAUCCUGGCCCCUGUGGUCCAGCUCUUAAUUGAGCAGUUUUCCUGGCGAGGAGCUUUGCUCAUCCUGGGAGGUUUUGUACUAAACCUCUGUGUCUGUGGUGCCUUGAUGCGGCCUAUUUCUCUUAAGGAGGAUUGUAAAACUGCUCCUGAGUUGCUUGAACAGAAUUAUGUCUCUGAAACAGAGAAACAAGACUUAAAGCGAAUGUCCAUCUGUUCACCUUUAAUCAAAUUAUGGCCUCAUGAAUGUUUAUGCUACUGUUCAUGGAAGGAAUAUGACUUUUUGCUGAUGCCAGGCUUCAUGGUGCUGGCAGUGUCAAUUUUAUUUAUGGCAUAUGGCUGCAGCCCUCUUUUUGUCUACCUAGUGCCUUAUGCUUUGAGUGUUGGAGUGAGUCAUCACCAGGCUGCCUUCCUCAUGUCCAUACUUGGUGUCGUAGACAUCAUUGGUAAUAUCACCUUUGGAUGGCUCACAGACAGAAGGUGCCUGAAGAAACAUCGGUACUUUUGCUACCUCUUUGCUGUGGGAAUGGAUGGCCUCUCUUGUCUUUUCCUGCCAGUUCUCCAAAGCUUCCCCUUGCUUGUGCCUUUCUCAUUUACCUUUGGCUACUUUGAUGGAGCCUAUGUAACGCUGAUCCCUGUUGUGACAGCAGAUGCAGUGGGAACUCCUUUGUUAUCAUCAGCACUGGGCGUUGUGUAUUUUCUCCAUGCCAUACCAUAUCUAGUGAGCCCACCUGUGGCAGGCUGGCUUGUGGACACAACUGGCAGCUAUACUGCAUCAUUUCUCCUGUGUGGAUUUUCUAUGAUAUUUAGUUCAGCACUAUUGUGCUUUGCAAGACUAGCAAAGAAAAUCAAAAGAACACAUUUGCCAUCCCUCACCGGUAACACAGCCUUGAAACAGCACAUCUGGACAAAUGGAGCAAUAGCUUAUUCUGUCACAGCAGAGUUAGACCAAAGGGAUGUUGAAUUUUUGGCUGUGGAUACAAACAGCUUCAGCAAGAGGUGACAAGUGCUGUUGUGAUUCAGUAGGGCACAACCUGAGACAGAUGUGGCUCAGUGGUGUUACACUGUUGAAUAUACUUCUCCUGUGAAACAAGACCUCUCAAUUAGAUUGUUCUGUCGUGUUUUAGUUGGCUUAAAUCUACAUACAGCAACAGUAAUACCAAGUUGAUGCAGUAAUAGAAGAAAGCUAGACUGAAAAUAGAGUUUGUAGAUACAAGUGUUCACAGAUUUAUUUGAAAUGCAAUGUUGACUCCACAGGGAUCAGUCACCAAAACUGAACAAUAACAUUUACAUUUAAAAAUACUAUUAAUGACCCAAGCUUUUUCAUUUGGGUCUAGUAUGUUUCAAUGGACUAAUUACACACACCAAGAAAAAAUCUCUGCAUUUAUCAGUCUGCAUGAAACUCUUUGCAAAUGAGUGUUUCAAAUGCCAAAGUCAUCUGUUUGUUUUGCUUUUGUUUUGUUUUUGGUUGGUUUUUUUUUUAAGAAAAUCUGGCAGGAAACUGAUUUAUGCUGAAAGUAUCUCUGGAGCAGCUUUAAUUUUUACAAUGUGCCUGAACUUUGUACAUACAUUUCAACUUAAUUUCAAAUAUGGUUUUAGACCUGCUUUCCCACAUGCUCUAUUGCAAAUUUUACUUUUUUCCUUUUUUCUUCUGGAUACCUUUAAAAUUUGAACUUCUAAACAUUGACAUGCAGAGUAUGAUCUUUCAGCUAAUCCUUGUCUUGGAGGGUGGAAAAUGUGUAGUGGUGGCUCUGCUUAUCUGAAGAGGAGUAAAUUUGUACCAUGGGACCGGGCAUGCUGAUAGACAAAUGUGCUUUAAGUGCAUUAGUUGGAAGAAGCCCAAAGGCAGCCCAAGAGACCAGAGAGGCUCCGGUGUUUUCAAACCCAGAGCCUUUUCCUCUUGUAAAAUCAGCACCUAUUAGAGAACUUUAGAGUCCAUGCAACCAGGUGGCUGAGAGAUUGCCCACCCUGGGCUGAUAAUGGAGAGGAUGUUGGCAGAAUUGUUUCUGUGUAUUGCAGGGGCAAGUCUGUCUCUUUUCAGACCCAGAAACUGCAUCUUCAGGUGGUGCCAAUUGCUCAUUUGUACCAUCUGAGGAGCUGUCAGCUCAGUUCUCCUUGAUG